AAGUUGCUGUUAAUUCCCACGAUAGAGUUGGCGAAGUUUUCAACUAUGUCUGGACGAGUAAAGUCAUCGGAUCCUCCAGUCCAAUUCCAAUCACCGGCAGGUUCGCCACGACUCCGGAGGGCCAGGUCACUAAAGUCAUCUAGUAAUCAAGAUGAGAAGACCAAUAGUGCCGGUGUAUCACAAAUGAAGCACUUCUUUGAGAACUCGCCUAUGAUAAUGCAUCUUAAAAGGCCACCCCUAACCCCAAGGACCAUUGGAAAAGAGAAUCGCAUGAAGAAUCCACUGCCAAUGCCAUUAUCUGCUGUAAAGAGACAACUUGGUGAGGAUUCGGACAAUGAAGAAGUUUCAGUAAGUCCUAGCCUAGCGCAGUUAAGAAUGACACCAGGUAAAGCAUUGCAAAAACAAAAGCUUUUAGAAGAAAAACAUCGGCUUGCAAAAUCCAAGGUGUCGAGCAUGGGUCCUGGAGGAGGGGUCAGUAUAUGGCCAGAGAUGGAUGAUAUGCGGUUGACUCCAAAAGAAAUGCAUUUGAUUGUGAUAAUCUCUUUAGUUUUAAUUGGCUUUGUUUGUCAACUUUUUUGGCUCUUGCAUGGCAAUACUUUCAAUUUCAUCAAGAAGUAUAACUACAAAUUGUAUGCAUUUUCGUUAAAUCAUCCGUUGGACUUGUCAGCUCAAGAAAACCUAAAUACAUCAUGUCUGGCAUGGCAUGAUGGAUUCUUCAGAUUAAUGAACUCUAUAGAUGAAGACCUUGGCACAGACUUGUCGAAGACACCAGCCUCCUAUAAGUUGGCCAUUUUCCUGUACCUUGGUGGCCUGGGAACACUUCUUUACUAUCUUGCAGACAGUAUGUUAGCAAAGAGUAAACUUACACCAAAGAGAAUCAAAAGCUGGAUUUCUCUACUUGUUGUUGUGGGAACUUGGACUAUUUUGAUGGUGUCCAUGUUAGCAGAAGCUCAGAAGUUAGAAGUCCUUGUCCAAGGCAAUGUUCAUGAAUUUAACUCAAAGCUUGGUGAGCUUGUAUAUCUGAACUUUGACCUAUCUCAAUACCAUAACAUCUUGCUCUAUUGGAAAACACGAUGUCUUCCACCGACAACCAAAGGCGUCCUAAGCAUACUGGGCAUGCUACAAGUACAGGAUGUGUCUUACUAUUUGCAAUAUUACAGUCUACCAGUUUUGACCGCACUGCUGACUCCAAUUGUCAAACUGGUGCUUGCUCUCAAGGAAAUUUACAGUGUGAAGGUUCACUGAAUCAAAUUUGCAUGUUAUAAAUUACAUAAUGAGAAGCCUUGAUUAUUUAAGAAUACUGCCAAUUAAAUUCAUUUAAUAUUCCAGUCCGAUAAUUAAUAUGACAAGCAUAUACCUGUGCUCAGCACGGUGUUGAAUGAGUCAGGAAAGGUGGCGAUCAUGUACAUUUUUGAAUGAUCAUAGGCUAGGCUGCGCCUAGGCCUGUGUAGGGCUAGCCGUUAUGGUUAGGCCGAGGUUAUAUCAUGGCUUGUGCCCAGGUGUAUCUUUAUUUUUACCUGAUCGACUUCUAAAACAUGCCAUUUAUUGCUGAUGUUUUGUGCCAUAAAACUACAAAAUGCAAUGGGUACUCCGAAGAGGUACGGGAACAUGUUUGUCACCCAUUUUGUUGACGAAUGUGAGAAGUAAUGAAGGUGCAAAACAUAGACUGGUGCUUUUACGGCCUGACUCGAUAAUUUUUAGACCUAAGCAUUGCAGUACAGAAUAGAUGUGAUUAAUUGUAUUUACAAUAUGUGAUGAAGCAACUUGCGAAACAGGUACUGAUUUUUUAGUGGUUUUUGGCUGUUUUUUCGUUGUUAUCCAACAUCCAGCCUUAAAAAGUAGCGGAAUGUGGUCGUGAUAUAUAGAAGCCCCAGUGUAUGAAAUAUGAGCACAUUCCUGCCAGCGGUUUCAGAGUAGAUAGGGAAAGUUACGCGGUAGCAAUUAGCAGAAUUAAUAUAUAGAUUACAGUAUUGGUAUAAUUAAAUCUACAGAAUUUAUUUUUGAUAGCAACCAACCACUGUGUUAUACAGACAAAAGAUGCAAGUAUGGCAAUAGUUAAAUUUUCAGCAUAAUUUUAAUGACACAGAUAAAGACAAAAUAUCUAUUGCAUUUGAUGACAAACUGCUUCUUUAUAGUCACAAACCAGAGGAAAUAUUCUGAAAUGAGAAGACUAAAUGUACAUAUAUUUUUGAUUAACUGAAUUGAUUUGAAUGAAAAGCUCUAUGUGAAGCCUUACAUUAUCAAAUAAAGUUUAUAAAAGGA